GCGUUCCGCGCUGUUCUCAAGCAAUGAAUAUGGCACAACAUCCUGCGGAGGUUUCUCAAUGGCGCCAGCAUGCACCCCCUUAGCGUAGCCCUUGCUAACCAUGGCCCACAUAAACAGGCUCAGCGCCCUUUGUUGUGCCCUCAACACCACACGCCUCCCUCGCACCUCGCCCUCAUCAACCUUCAUUCGCCAUGGCCACCGACGCACGACUGAAACAUAUUCCUACCACCUCCACCUCUCGCUCAGGCGGUUCUUUACCCUCCAAACCGAGGGAUAUUCCGCAGCUCUCUGCCCAGGCACAUCCCGAGCACUCGCCGAGGUCCUCGGGUGAGUCCAUAAUAUGGAGCGGCAACAGCAGCGAGUCCGAGGCGCCAUUAACGCCCAAUACAGAGCCUCAGGUCGACGAACUGGUCGACAAGCUCCAGGAAUUGCCUGCCGCCGCUGUCGAUCUCGACGGUGGUGAGAAGCAGCGAGGCCGACGCGCGUCGACCACGCUCAUCUCCGAGAGCCCUGAGGACAUUCGCAGGCUGUUGGGCGAUGGCGAAACGGCCACCAAGCUCAUCAGCCAAUGUUGCGGCGGAGGGUGCUGUCUCCUGAAUGCAUUGGCCCCCGACACGGCAUCGCCCACCUACGACCCCAUACUCAUCCCAGACAACCACGCGUUUAGAAGUCUAAAUCUGCGGCUAGGUCCGCUCGGACUGGACACUGAGCUCACCAACGUCACACCCCUGCCUCCAGUCAACAUGGCCUUCGACUCGAUUCCCGCAAACCAGUCUAGCCACGUCUCGCCAGUCCACCACCAACCACCAGCGUACGUCCAGCCGCACCCGCCAUAUCAAGUCUACUCAGCGCCCGUCUAUCACGCCCGAGAAUUGACAAAACCGGGAGCCGAGAAACGUACCUUUCACUUCGAUCUCGAUGUCACAGACUAUCCCGACGAGGGCGGCGUGGACUUUAAAGUUGGUGGUGCUAUUGGCAUCUGCCCUCCCAACGCGCCAGAGAUUGUCGACGAACUCUUUGACGUCCUCUGCAUUCCCAAGUUCGUCCGAGACAAACCCGUCACUCUCAAGACGACGGGCGGGAGAUGGCCGACGAUUUGGGGAGAUGACAAGCCACGCGAGCUAGUGACGACGCGCCGUGAACUCUUAACUUGGUGCUCAGACGUCCAAUCUCAUCCUGCAACCAAGCAGCUGCUUCGCGUCAUGGCUGAAUACGCGGAUGCUCCAAAUGAAAGAAAGAUUCUUCUCUAUCUCUCUUCGGCUCAAGGCCAAGCUGCUUUCUGCGACCUCCGAACUACCUCCCAUAUCACCACCGCUCAGCUUCUCCACGCAUUUCCUUCCUCCAAGCCACCGCUACCUGCCCUUCUAACUGUUCUCAACCAAUUGACGCCACGCUUCUACUCCCUCUCAAACGACCCACACAUAUCCUCUGCCCGUCCCGGCCUACCUGGAAACCGCCGCCUUAUCGAAAUGGCCGUCACCAUCCACGAAACUCCCGAUUGGCACACUGAUAGCGCUUCUCGAACAGGGGUCGGCAGCGGCUUCAUGGAACGCAUCGCCCACGCUUUCAUCAACGCUGAAAAUCAAGGAAUCGACCCCCGGGCCGCCCUUGACCUCCGCGUCCCCAUGUUCCGUGGUCUCAUGGCUAACCCGCUCUCCCGUCAAUUCGGUGGCGAGGGUCCUAUGGUGCUGAUUGGAGCCGGAGUAGGCAUGGCCCCCUUCAGAGGCUUCAUCCUCAAUCGACUUAAGAACGCCAACUGUGCGAAUAAAAUCUGGCUUAUCCAAGGUGUUCGCGACUCGAUGGUUGACGAGCUUUACUCUGGUGAACUGGGCGACCAUGAAGCGGAAAUCAAGCGCGUUGUUCAGAGCCGCAAGUUCCGGCCUGGCUACAGCGAGGCCAAAUACGUCCAGGAUGAAGUCCGAUUGCAAGCGGAUAUUGUCUGGUUUGUCAUUAACGCGCUCGAUGGCCGUAUAUUUGUGUGCGGGAGUAGUAAGGGUAUGGGAGAGGGGGUUGAGAGAGCUCUCACCGACGUUGCAAUGCAAAAGGGGGGCAUGUGUGAGACGGAGGCGAAGGAGUUUUGGGGGAAGAAGAAGGAGGAUGGGCAGUAUAUUGCUGAAACUUGGUGAUAUAUCACGCCUUCGCUGAACAGCUGUUAAACCUUUCUGAUGCGUAUUCAUAUUCAUUGUACAUAUUAUCUACGUUUUCGAUCCCGAAU